GAUUCAGAAUGUUUUCCACGCAAAAGUGUUGCUUGCACAUGCAAUUCUGCGAUUGCGAGAAUUACGAUUUAUAGACUUAAGGGACUUUAGAAGUAAAUUUUUGGAUAAAUUAACCGAAAUCAACCUACACUAGAUAUUUAAUUAAAAAUUACUGCUCAAUUUUUGGGUACGCAGAAUUUCCCAAAUCAUACGUAGAUUUUAUGAUGAAAUUCUGCUAUGAAAACAUGAUACAACUUUGCAAUGAGAAAAUAUCUUCUGUCCACGUUUCUUAGGUUUUUGCCCAAAAGGAGACAGACGUUGACAAAUAAUAUCUCAUUCACCUGCGCAAUGGCAAACAGCAAGUUCGAAUAUGUCCGCAACUUUGAGGCCGAUGACAGGUGUUUACCAAACACAUGGAUCGUCGUCCGAAUCGACGGAAGAGGUUUCCACAAGUUUUCAGAAAAACACGAAUUUGUGAAACCUAAUGACAAACGAUCUCUGGACUUAAUGUCAAAGGCGGCCAGCAGGGUCAUGACUGAAUUCAAGGAAAUCUGCCUAGCGUAUGGACAAAGUGACGAGUUCAGUUUUGUCUUCAAACGGGACACGGAUUUGCACAAGAGAAGGGCGUCCAAGCUGAUGACUUGCGUCUCUAGUCUCUUUAGCUCAGCAUACGUUUUUCACUGGCCACAAUUCUUCGACAUCCCUCUGAAGUACCCUCCGUCUUUUGAUGGCAGGGUCGUGCUUUACCCUACGACGCAGAACUUGAGGGACUACCUGAGCUGGCGACAGGCAGACUGCCACAUUAAUAAUCUCUUCAACACAGUUUUUUGGGCUCUGGUCCUUAAAGGUGGACUUACAAACUCCGAGGCUGAGCAAAGAUUGAGUGGGACCUUUUCGUCAGAUAAAAAUGAGAUUCUGUUCUCAGAGUUUGGAAUAAAUUAUAACAACGAACCUCAGCUAUUUCGGAAAGGCAGUGUGCUAAUUAGAUGCAAACAAAAGAAAGGAGAAGAGGUCGAAGAAGGCAGGAUAAAUAAGGAAAUAGUGAUUCUGAAUGAGGAUAUUAUUAAUGAUUCUUUUUGGAUCAAGCACAGUAUCCUGGAUUGAAACAUAAAUUAUAGAAAUAAAUGAACAUUAUUAUAGUGAUUAGCAAUUUCUAUAAUUAUUUAUGCCUUGUUAAGCCUAAAAGGAAAAACAAUAAAACAUUUU